UCUAGAGGUGUAAGGAGAACAUUCUCUUCCUGAUUUUGGGAAGCGGGAUCAUCCCGGUGCACGGAAGGUUAUCGCUGGAAGAAGAAACCGGUGCCAAAAGGACUUGCCUGCUUUGGCAGUCUGUGAUUUGCUGUCGAACGGUAAACACUGUGCGAAUGUUGUGCGAAUGCAAAAGCAGUGAGGUUUUGAAUUGUUGCGUAAAUUUUGUAGGCGAACGAAACAGUGGAAACGAAACAUUUAAAGGAUUGUGGAUUUUGAUAGGAAACGCAAUCAAGCCAUAAUGAUGAAAUGGGUGGUAACACGUGGACCAUACAAAGCAGAUGCGUCUAUUGCAGCUUCCAACGUGCCAAUUUGCGAUAAAGAGAACUAUUGCGUGGAAUCUAUUGAAAUGUUGAAUAAUAACUCUAACACAAAUGCAAACUGCUGUAAUACAGGCAAAUAUCUACCACAUCCCAAACUGGUUGAUUUACCAGUCAAUCGAAACAGUUCAACUCCCUUGUCCUCGUUGAAUUCAGCAUCGAGCAGACCCAAGAAGUUACGGACACGCAGAGAACGCAACAAGGCCCUCGUUAAGCGGCUAACAACUGCAGUCAACAAUAACAAUCUUUCGGACACAUCCACUCCAAGGCCAAAUCUCCGCGAACUACUAAUCGAUCCCAUGAAAGACUUCCAGGUUAUCUACCGCGACAAGUGCGAUCAGGCAGCAACCCUACAAAACCUGCUGAAUUCCUCCCCGCAAAGUUUUAACGAACGAGAAGUUAAAACUCCCGAAGGGCCAAGUCCUUCCCCGGCAGACGAAGGACACAAUCUCUGUAGGCAGCGAGCCGUCCGCAGAAAGCACUGUAAGCCGCUUCCGAUGAGGAGGGUGGUUAACCUUCACGAAACCAACGACAGUGCCAACAGCUUGUUCAACAGUUUCGUCUUUCGGGAACUGACAGAGGACGUGUUGAUUUGAGAAGGUGAUAAAUAAAGAAAUUAAUCUAAAUACACUA